AGGGGACCACGGUGACACAGGGCCGAAAUCCAUAGUUUGUAAAACAGGCAAAGGGUUCGAGUACAAAACACAGUCGCUACAAAGUCAGAGGAGGCAGAGAUUAAAUGAAAAAGGCAAGCACAGAAUUGAGACCGUUUGUGUCAGAUCGUAGAUGAGCACAGAUUGAAGAACAACGGCUUAAGGAGAUGCUUUAAGGGUCCCUACACAGCUUCUGACAUUUGAAGAGGCCCAUAAAGAGAAGAAUUAUGGCUGUGGAGAAGAAGCAUUUGGAGGAUGGCCACUCCACCAGAAUCAUCAGGGUGGUGUUCCUCGCCCUUCUGCUGGACCUGCUGGGGUUCACCUUAAUACUCCCCCUACUCCCCUCCAUCUUAGACCACUACAGUCAAAAAGAGGACGUUGUGUACCAGUCACUGCAAAGCAUUGUGGACUGGUUCAGAGGGGCUGUGGGAGUUCCUAUGGAAACAAAAUACAACAAUGUACUUUUUGGAGGACUGAUUGGCUCACUCUACUCUCUGCUGCAGUUUCUCUCCUCUCCUGUGUUUGGAGCUGCAUCAGAUCAUCAUGGGAGAAGACCACUGCUGCUUUUAACAACUGUGGGGGUGAUGAUCUCCUACAUUUUGUGGGCUGUUUCCCGCAGCUUCAGUGUUUUCCUCCUGUCUCGCGUUGUGGGAGGGGUGUGUAAGGGCAGUGUCAGCCUAUGUGCUGCUAUCAUUGCUGACCUGCCUUGCCCUAAAGCCAGAAACAAAGGAAUGGCGAUGAUUGGUGUUGCCUUCUCCUUGGGCUUUACCCUGGGCCCGAUAAUGGGGGCCUACUUUGCGCUGAGAUCAGCGGACGCUGAGUUGUUCUACCAAGGCCCAGCUCUGCUGGCAGUUCUCUUCUCCAUAGCAGACCUGAUGUUCAUCCUCCUCAUGCUACCAGAGACUUUGCACAAGGACAGCAAGGGCUCCUCAGAUUCUUCAGGUGUUCAGGUGGUGGGGGAUCUCCUCAACCCUGUGGCCCUUUUCAACUUCUCUGCAGUCACAAGAACAAAGGAGCCACCAUCAAAACAACAAAUGCACAGUCUUAAAGUGCUGGGGUUGGUCUACUUUGCCUACCUCUUCUUUUUCUCUGGGUUGGAGUUCACUCUGAGCUUCCUGACCCAUCAGCGCUUCCAGUUCUCCAGCAUGCAACAGGGAAAGAUGUACUUCUUCAUUGGCAUAGCCAUGGCUGCAUUUCAAGGUGGAUAUGCCCGCAGGAUCAAACCAAGCUGGCAGAUACAAACAGUCCGCAUGGCAAUAUUAUCAAUAAUUCCAGCCUUCCUGCUUAUAGCGGUAGCGUGGAACUUGGUAGUGCUCUAUGGCGGCCUAUUUUUGUAUUCCUUUGCAGCUGCCAUAGUUGUGCCAUGUCUUUCAGCACAGGUCUCUGGACACGGUACUGCCAGUCAGAAGGGCACGGUGAUGGGUAUUCUCCGCAGCCUCGGGGCGCUGGCCCGAGCGCUAGGUCCAGUUGUGGCCUCUUCAGUAUACUGGCUGGCUGGAGCUGAGACGUGUUUCGUUGUCAGUUCAGCCUUCUUCACUGUUCCAUUGCUCUUACUGGGCUGCCUGGAGAGGCGCAAAGAGGACUAAGAGCACUCAUGCUACUUCCAGUUAAAUCACUACUUUUUCUGUUCUAGAAUACCUUCUGGGAUGACUAACACAUUCUUUAUAUUAUAUAUAUAU